UCGUCGACAAUAAACUCCGUGUCUUUCAACGCGUGCGAUACGAGGACUCGGAGGCGGAGGUCGAGGACGAAGUGGAUCUUCUCAUGUCUUCGGACAUUGUCAACGCGCAGAUGUCCACCAAAUCGAUUACCUUCUCGCGCGCGCAGUCGGGCUGGUUGUGGCGCGAGGACCGGUCGGAGCGCGUCGGCACCUUUAUGGCCGACUUCUACGCCAUCGGCGGUCUGUAUCUCGAGUCCCGCAAACGCCGCGAACACCUCACCGACGAAGACCUCCAGAAGAACAAGGCUUUCAUCGACGGCCUCACGAAAGGCGGAGGAAUGACGCCGGCAGUUGUCAAUGGCGAAGACGACGGCGAUGACAACAAGACGGGAGCGGCCGCUCUGAACGGCGGCGCAGAGGCGACUGUCCAGCGCCGCAAAUCGCUGACUCCGCCGCCUCCCACGACUGUCACGUGGGACGAGUACAUCGACGCCCCACCCGGACAGCACCGACCGCUCGGAAGAGAACCGCUUUGCAAAGAGACGUCCAAAGCGUUCAAAGCGACGCUCGCGAUGAGCCAAGAGUUCCCGAUGACUGUCGACUCGUUGCUGAACGUUCUCGAAGUGAUCGCUCCCUUCAAGCACUUCAAUAAACUGCGAGAAUUCGUUCAAAUGAAACUUCCGCCCGGAUUCCCCGUCAAAAUCGAUAUUCCGAUUCUGCCGACAGUGACGGCGCGCAUAACAUUCCUGUCCUUCUCAUUGGACGACGACAUCUCCGACGCGUUGUUUGAAAUUCCCGCCGAUUUCACGGAAGACUCGAACCGUUUUCCCGAUUUAUGACAUCAUUCGUCGCCCGAAGAGAAACGUUAGCCAAUCAGACGACGGCUUCACUCGCCUCGCAUUGUUUGCACGCAUUUUCUACUCAUUAUUAUUUGUUAUUUGUUUUGUUGUUUCGCGAGAAAGCGUUUCGUUUCGUUUGAAUUUGAAUUUCUCGCGCGAAAAGUAUUUCUCGUUUUCUGAGAUAAAAACGCGUUUUUUUCGCUCAAAGAAUUGCAAUAAAAGCGCGAAAACAAUGACCCGAAAGACACCGAAAACCGAAACACGAAUUACUAGUCAUUGAAACGUGAGAUUGAAAACAGUUUUUUCAUUGAGAACUAGUUUUACAGCAAUUAAUGCACUGAUUAUUGAAUGAAUUUUUAGUAUAAAUCAUGUGAUUGUAUAGUAAUUAACAAACAAUUGAUUAAUAAAAGACAUUAAAAGGCA